AGGAUUAGGAUCGGGAUUAGGAUCGGGAUCACGAUGGAGCGGGCGGCGGGGCCCGGAACCGGCACCGGUUCUGCUCUGGCCGCCUCGCUGGCUGAGGGGCUGAUCAAGUCUCCGCGGCCGCUGAUGAAGAAGCAGGCGGUGAAGCGGCACCACCACAAGCACAACCUCAAACACCGCUACGAGUUCCUGGAAACGUUGGGCAAAGGCACCUACGGGAAGGUGAAGAAAGCCCGGGAGCGCUCGGGGAAGCUGGUGGCCAUCAAAUCCAUCCGGAAGGACAAAAUCAAGGAUGAGCAGGACCUUGUCCACAUCCGGAGGGAGAUCGAGAUCAUGUCCUCCCUCAACCACCCCCACAUCAUCGCUGUGCACGAAGUGUUUGAGAACAGCGGCAAGAUCGUCAUCGUGAUGGAAUACGCCAGCAAGGGCGACUUGUACGAUUACAUCAGCGAGCGGCAGCGGCUCUCGGAGCAGGAGGCGCGACACUUCUUCCGCCAGGUCGUGUCCGCCGUCUACUACUGCCACAAGAACGGGAUCGUCCACCGGGACCUGAAGCUGGAGAACAUCCUGCUGGACGCCAACGGGAACAUCAAGAUUGCAGAUUUUGGGCUGUCCAACGUUUUCCAGCAGGACAAGCUGCUGCAGACCUACUGUGGCAGCCCCCUGUACGCGUCCCCCGAGAUCAUCAACGGGCGGCCCUACAAGGGCCCCGAGGUGGACAGCUGGUCCUUGGGUGUCCUCCUCUACAUCCUGGUCCACGGCACGAUGCCCUUCGAUGGCCACGACUACAAAACUCUGGUCAAGCAGAUCACGAGUGGAGACUACCGGGAGCCCACGAAGCUCUCAGAUGCCUGCGGGCUCAUCCGGUGGAUGCUGAUGGUGAACCCCGAGCGCCGGGCCACCAUCGAGGACAUCGCCACGCACUGGUGGGUCAACUGGGGCUACAAAAUACCGCUGGGCGAGCAGGAGCUGCUGCGGGAGAGCGAAUCCCCGCUGGCCACGGUGGCCGAGUGGCUGCGCCGCUCGUCCCGGCCCCUGCUGGAGAACGGCUCCAAGGUGCGCUGCUUCCUCAAGCAGCACAUCCCCGGCGUGGCCCUGGAGCGGCAGCGCUCCCUCAAGAAGUCCAAGAAGGAGAACGACGUCUCGCAGGCGCUGCAGGAGGUGCCCGCGGGCCCCGAGAACCCUUCCAAGUCCAUCCUCAAGCGGCCCAAGGGCAUCCUGAAGAAGAGGAACUCGUGCGAGCAGAAGGUGCCCGGCCCUGGCCCCCCGCCGGCCGAGGAUGGGGAGGGGGUCCCCGCGGGGCUGCCCCGGAUUUCUGCAGCAGCGGGAGCAGCGCCCGCGGCCGUGCCCAAGAAGGGAAUCCUGAAGAAGCCCUCGGCCAGGGAGUCGGGUUAUUACUCGUCCCUGGAGUGCUGCGAGUCCGGGGAUGUGCUGGACGCGGCGAGUUUGGACCUGGACGGGACCGUGUUUGUCGAGCCGCCCUCCCCGCCUCCCCAGGGGCUCCCGGCCCGCAGGAAAGGAAUCCUCAAACACAACGGCAAAUUCUCCUCGGGCAGCUCCGAGCCGGGAAACUCCCCUGGGAGCUACGGGGGUUUCAGCGAGGUGUCCCUGCCCCCGGAGAACCCCCCCGGGAGCUUCGGGGGUUUCAGCGAGGUGUCCCUGCCCCCGGGACCCCGCGCCCGGCCCGCCAGCGCCGUCAGCGAGGACAGCAUCCUGUCCACCGAGUCCUUCGAGCAGCUGGACCUGCCCUCCCGAGGCCCCCCCGGCAGCGGGGCCGUGCGGGGCUGCGUGUCCGCCGAGAGCCUCCUGCGGCUGGAGGAGGAGGAGGAGCGGGAGGAAGGGCGGCGGCUGCGCCGCUGGACUGUCACUCACUGCCGCAGCCCCUUGGCGGAGAGCAGCGCGUCCCUGGCGAGCUGUGACAAUGGCACCGAGCUCUACCGGCGUGCUGUGACCGUCGGGGUGAAGCUGAGCUGA